UAAGUAAGUACCUUUUGAAAUGACCUCGCUUUGGUGACAAAGAUGAUGAAACAUAAAGAAAAAUCUGGCCUACUUGACCAAUGAAUGGCUGGUAGGGUCAUUGCAAGAUUCAGAUCUUUAUGUGAUGUGAGGCUUGCCAGUUCAUUCCAUUUACAAAAGAAAUUAGUGUGCUCAAAAUUUACCAAGGAUUGUGAAGAGGCUAGAUCCAGUAUGAGAAAGUGGGUACUGCCCCCUGAUGGUGACAGUGAUCUUAAGCUGUACAAUAGCUUGACUAGACAAAAGAAUAAAUUUGUACCACGUAAUGGGAAAAGUGUUACUUGGUAUUCAUGUGGUCCUACUGUUUACGAUGCAUCUCAUAUGGGACAUGCAAGGUCAUAUAUCACAUUUGACAUUCUGAGGCGUGUCAUGAUGAACUACUUCAACUAUGAUGUACAUUAUGUGAUGAAUAUUACAGAUAUAGAUGACAAGAUAAUUGCCAGAGCUAGACGAAACCAUCUGUUUGAAAAUUAUGUAGCAGAAAUCAAAGGAAGCCAGCAGUUACUGGAAGAUAUGAAAAUUGCACUGAAGAAAUAUGAAGAAAAACUUGAAAAGACAAAAGAUGAAGACAAAGUGAAGAUGCUUAGCAAGAUUAUUAGCAACGUGAAAAUAAAAGAAGAACAGCUGCAAAACGCCGUUGGUAAGGAUGGAGAGGAGCGUAUUCAACAGGAACUGCUAGAGGCUGCAAAGGAUCCACUUUCAGAAUGGUUAGACAAACAGCACGGAGCAAAUGUCACCGAUCACAACAUAUUUUGGCGACUGACCCAGCACUGGGAGAAUGAGUUCCAUGAAGAUAUGAGAGCCUUAAAUGUCCUUCCGUGUGAUGUUUUGACACGUGUCAGCCAAUAUGUUCCAGAAGUCGUUUCCUACAUCGAAAAAAUAAUGCAGAAUGGAUACGCGUAUGAAUCUAACGGAUCCGUCUACUUCGAUACAAUGAAGUUUGCGUCCAGUGGGAAACACGAGUAUGCCAAACUUGUGCCUGAGGCUGUUGGAGACUUAGAUGCUUUAGCUGAAGGGGAAGGUGAUUUAAGUCAAUCAAAUACUAGCGAGAAGAGAUCAGAGAGGGAUUUCGCUUUGUGGAAAGCCAGCAAACCUGGAGAACCGUUUUGGGAUUCUUCCUGGGGCAAAGGACGACCUGGCUGGCAUAUAGAAUGUUCUGUUAUGGCAAGCGAUGUUCUCGGUGGCUCCAUUGAUAUUCACACAGGAGGUGUUGAUUUGAAGUUUCCACAUCAUGACAACGAACUGGCACAAGCCGAAGCAUACUUUGGCUGCGACCAGUGGAUUCAUUAUUUCUUGCAUGCUGGACACUUGACGAUUGAAGGAUGCAAAAUGUCGAAAUCUUUGAAAAAUUUCAUCACAAUAAAGGAGGCGCUCAAGAGAAACACGUGCCGCCAGAUUCGAUUGGCCUUCCUACUUCAUUCUUGGAACUCAACAUUAGAUUAUAGCGGCAAUGUUUUAAAGGAGGCGGAACAGACCGAAAAGUUGUUUAAUGAUUUUUUCCUAAAUGUUAAAGACAUUUUACGAAAACCUGAAUCUACUACCGUCUCGUCCCACGAUUACAGAAAUUUAGAGAAGGACCUUAGUGCCAGAUUUUUGGAAAGAAAGGCCCAAGUACACGAAGCUUUAUGUGAUUCCAUCGACACGGCAUCUGCCAUACAACAUAUGCAGUCAAUCGUCAAGCUCACAAAUGUUUACAUUGGCUCGAAGAAACAGGAGUCCGUUGCUCCGAAUCAUGCAAUAGUAAAGCGCAUUGCGAAAUACCUUACGAAAAUGCUCAAGGUAUUUGGAGCUAAUGAAGGAGAACAAGAAAUUGGAUUCGCUGUCGCAGGAGCUGAAAAUGUUGGAAAUAAAGAAGAUUUGGUAAUGCCUUACCUUGCAUUGAUGGCCAAGUUCCGCAAAGAUGUCAGAGCCGUUGCUAAGGAAGAACAGAGCACAAAGAUACUGUCUCUCUGUGACGUAUUAAGGGACGAGCAACUGAUUGAGCUUGGCGUCAAACUUGAAGACGUAGAAGGCAGUGAAGAAUCCGUACUGAAGUUAGUUGAAAAAGAAACCCUACUCAAAGAGCGUCAACAAAAACUUGAGGAAAUGGAACUAAGAAGACUACAAAAAGAGGAGACAAAGAGGAAAAAAGCGGAAGAGAAGGCUAUGAAAGACGCCAAGGCUAAAAUUCCGCCCAGUGAUAUGUUUAAACAUGAAAUUGACAAAUAUUCAAAAUUCGACGAUCAGGGUAUCCCCACACAUGAUGCUUCCGGAAAAGAAAUCAGUGCCUCACAGCUGAAAAAGCUGAAGAAAUUAUAUACCCAACAGGAAAAGAAUUACCAGAAAUACAUUUCAGAAAAUGUUGAAAAUGGUAGUUGAUAUUUUAAAUGAAAUUAUGUCGAAUUAAA